ACCACGCAUAUGCGCGUGCGCGCGGUUCUGCGCAUGCGCGUUAAACUUCUCACAGCGUCCUCUGUCGUCUUUACAGCGGGAUUAGGGUGAGCAAGCAAAUUGUGCGUUCGCAAAUAUAAAGUCAUGGGCAAGUCAAUUUUCUCUUUGCCAAAAAACAAAAGCGAGGGCCAGGAAAAACUGACGUCUGAUGAUCCUGACUCUCAAUUAGUCGAGGAGGAUAAGAAUGAUAUAUCACAGUUCCCUUAUGUUGAGUUCACAGGCAGGGACAGCAUCACCUGUCCCAGUUGUCAAGGAACAGGACGAAUACCAAGAGAACAAGAAAAUCAGCUUGUUGCCUUGAUACCAUAUAGUGACCAAAGACUGAGGCCAAGACGAACCAAGCUGUACGUUAGCUUGUCAGUGAUGCUGUGUCUCCUACUCUCUGGCCUGGCUGUGUUUUUCCUCUUCCCCCGCACCAUUGAUGUCGCCUACGUUGGUGUGAAAUCUACGUAUGUCAACUUUGAUACGGAGCAACGAAUCAUCUAUCUCAACAUUACAAACACGCUGAACAUUACUAAUAACAACUACUAUCCGGUACAAGUGGCAAACAUCACAGCGCAGGUGCAGUUCUAUAAGACUGUGAUCGGAAAGUCAUUUGUGAGCAAUUUGACAAGCAUAAUGCCACUGGAUAUGCAGCAGGUCGAUUUCACUGUUUCCACAGUCAUAGCCAAUGAGAUGAGCUACAUCUAUAACUUUUGCACCAUGCAGUCCAUAAAAGUGCACAACAUUGUGGUCAUCAUGCAGAUGACUGUCACCACUGUGUACUUCGGCCACACCGAGCAGGUCUCUCAGGAGAGUUACCUGUACGUGGACUGUGGCUCAAACACCACCAGUCUCAACGGACACGUGAUGCAGGGACACUUUACAGCUUGAAACUAAGCUGCAACAUGCACUGUGUCCACACUGGAGGAUAUCAGAGAGUAUCCCUGACAAGUUUUAGGUGCUGUGCAUGGUCAUGUCAGGAAGAUGCAAAGCUUCAGACAGAAUGUUCUCAGACUUUUGUAGAUAGAUGUACUUUAGAAUAAGUUAUUUUGACAUAUGACACCAGUGAUUUGUUGGUCCACUGUGGUCUCACAUCUUUGAAUAUCUUGGUUUUGUCCAGGAAGAGUUUGAGAUAUAAAAGGAACACACCACACAUUAGCGUUACUCGCUACUUAUUGACUGCAGUCACAUAAAACUGCAGUCACAUAAAACUAGGUUCUACACGUUUAUGAACCACUAAAAUUGUUUUCCGUUCACUAUUUAUAAUUUGUACAUACAGAGCAGUAAGAAUGGAGGGAAAAUGAUUUGCUAGAGAGACAUCCAUGUCUAGACAGAGACUUUCUAUGAAAUCUAAGCUGUUUUUAAUUUUUUUUUUUUUUAAAUACAGUUUGCAAGUAUUUGUUUAAUGGAAAAAAUUGGAAAUUUAAAAAUCAGUGUCAUCAAUGAUAUGGAUGUGGGGGCUAUUUCGAUACACAACCAGAUGUAAAGUAAAGUGAUAGAAAAACUUCUGAUGAGGUACUGUAGAUAUUAUUACUGGAAAUGUGCAACAUGGUGAAUUAUUAUGUGAAGCUGGGAUAUUUGGAUCUGUUUUGUAUAUUUGUUAUUUUACCACUGUAAAAGAAAUCUAAGGAAAAACCACACAGCUUGACAAAUCUGACAAAAGAAUCUUAUUUCAACCAACACUAUUUGCUUAUUUUCUAUUCAGAAUUUGCAACUUACAGAAUAAUUAUAUCUUGAAAUCUAAUUAUAUUUUCAUGUACAUCUGUAUACAGGGUGUCCCAAAAGCCUCCCUAUAUAGGGGCCUAUGUUUGCACCAUGUCACCACGCACCACGUCAGUUGUGCCUUCAUCAGUGGAUGUUCGUGGAUGCCUACUUCUCGGUCGGUCUGCAACACUUCCAGGGUGUCGAGUUUGUUAAUAAGUUUGGCAGCAGUGUCGUGUGUGAUGUGCCCGCUAUGUUUGCUCUUAAAAAUCCAUCACAACAUUGUGACAGCUUCCUGAUCCAACCACAAGAAUGAUUUCAAUGCGUUCUUUUGUCAAAGGCAUUCUUAAAUGCUAUCUGAAAAAAAUCUGUAAUGUAAACUAACUGUGAAAAAUUUUUAGAAGACAUUUUGCUAAAAAGUUCCUAAAAAUUUUCCCUUUUUAGUAUUUUUUUCUCUGCAUUGUGGUGGCUAAUCAUCAUGGAUCCAGCAUUAUCAAACAAACUCAUGAUUAUUAAUAGGCAGUGCUGAGAACUGAGAUGUCACUGAGACAGCAUUGCAUGGGUAAACCGUUCAGGAAGGAAUGAGAAUCAGAAACACAUGAUUGCUUGUGAGCUGUGUUAACCGGAAUUGGUUUUGUUUUUGUACUAGUGUGCAACAUUAUACAUCAUCAAAAACUAACAUGCAACAAACCACAACAGACAGUGCAGCAGGAUCAGACUGUGCAGUAACCACAACUUAUACAGUGGACAUGACAUCAGAGAGUAGACAAAACAUUGCAAGGGUGGAACUGUUGGGCGGAAAAGAACUGUAGUGGGACGUCUUCACAUUUGAAUAUGUUACAGUUUUAUGUAACAGUUUUCUUGUUAUGUUUGGGAUAAUAUGGGAUGGUAUUACAGAUAAUGAGUGUUGCAUUCUAGACAGUAGUGAGAUUUGUGUGUGCAUCCCUCAGUUACACCUGUCUCCAUCCAUCUUUUACCAUGAGUUAUCUUCUUGGCUGUAAUGGAAUUAAAAGAUUUGUGGAAAAGAGCUAGACUCUGUUAUUCCACUAGAGGGCAGGAUAUAGCAGUAAACUCAGCUACUGACAAAAUGUGCUAAUGAUCAGUAAUUCUUUAGCAAACUAAUCUUUUAUGGCACUUUCCUAAAGUGCACAAUUUGGUGUUUUCACAGUGUUGUUAUAUUUUGUGUAGAUUCAGGACGUAAAAUCCCAAUUAAAAUCCAUUUCAAUGGGAAA